AUGCCAUCCGCUGCAUCGAUGUCCCUUUUACGCUUCAGGCGGCCUACAAGGACCCAAGGGGCAGCAGAUGCUAUUCCAAUCCUCGUUGACGAAGAGUAUCAUCUUUUCCACCUAACCACUCCGCCUGGCACCGUUCACCAUCCGGAAAGACUUCGUUCAUACUGGUCGCAUCUUCGUUCGCGUGACCUUAUCGCAUGGGAAAGAGACCGCCUUCCUGCGAUCGUUCCGGGGGAAAAGCCAAGUGAUCAUGAUGCCGACGGCGCUUGGACCGGUUCCGCUGUGUUAGGUCCAGAUGGGACUAUGCACAUCUUCUACACGGGAUACAACCUUUCUUUGGACGGAAAGCAAGUCAUUGUUCAUGCGGUUGCGUCGGACCUUGAGGCGUCAUCCUUCGUCAAAUCCCCGACGGCCAUAUCGAUAACCCCAAAGACGGUUGGAAAUCUUGCUUGUUUUGAGGACAUUGAUUUCCGUGACCCAUAUGUUCUUUUCAACGACAAAGAACGGGAAUAUUGGAUGCUCGUGGCGACCAGACUGUCCACAGGCCCGUACUGGACGCGCGGGUGUCUGGCCUUGUUGACAUCCACGGAUCUGAUGCAGUGGAAUUUGGAGGCUGAACCAUUCUUCGCUCCCAAUGACAUGUUCUGUCCGGAGUGCCCGGAGCUGUUUACACUGCCGAAUGGCAAGUGGUAUCUUGUGUACUCCAGAUUUUCUUCCCCGGACGCGGGAACAGUCUAUCGCGUAGGGGACUCUCCACGGGGUCCAUUUCGCAAGCCUACGGAUGGAUCGAGCGGUCGAUGGGACGGCAGGAGAUGGUACGCAGCAAAGUCCUGUCCGAAGGCUGGCGAUCCGUCCAAACGCAUCUACUUUGGCUGGAUUGCUGAUCGCUGUUCCAGCGAUAACAAGUGGAUGUGGGGUGGCGACAUGGCCUUCCCCCGGCAGGUUUUUGCAGACUCAGACGGGUCUCUCCGGAUGGAGCCACUAUCGGAAGGGCUGGAGGAUAUUUUUGGCAGCAAUCCACCGCAUAAUGUUGCAUCGCUUCAUCUGGUGUCUGAGGGAAGAGUUAAGACGCAGUUCCUCGCCUCUGAUGCCUUGGCCAUAGAAUCAAGCGCCCCGGAAGCUUAUCGCUUGUCUUUCAAAGUGUUGUCAGCGAAGCAUACGGCAUCUUUCGGUGUUUUGUUGAACACUGAUUUGGACCUUUCUGGCUAUUGGCUGCGCUUCAGUCCCAGCGCGAUCGAGUCCGCGAAGUUGACCUUCACCGUAUCGCUUUCGCACUGCCCGCCCGCGCUCGACGACUUUUGGGCUGACCAGUAUAAACUGUACCUCCCUCGCGAAGCAGACGGGCCAGAACUGGUUAGGCAUGACAAUGUAGCCAUCUGUGAAGACGACUUGGUUCAAGUUCUCGUUACUGGGGAAACGGUUGAGAUCUUCGUUGGAGGGAGAGUGCUGAGCUAUCGCCUGCAAACAAGGGACCCAAACACGCGACUCGGAAUGUUCGUGGAUGAUGGAGAGACCACUUUUCAGGACAUCACUCUAGCCGUCGCAUGA